CCUACCGAACUAAGGAAUUCAGAUGUUUUAAUAAGCUCCAGGGACCCACUGAAGGCUUUUGAUAAGAGCAACUAUGGGAACUGACCUUUGUUUUAGUAAGAUCUCUCUGGAAAUGGAAGUGGAGAGGCCAUACAGGAGGCUGUGGCAGAGUCCAGGUGAUGGACAGUGCUGAGAGAGGGACAGCGGCCACAUAGGGAUGCCAGUGUCCCACUCCACUCUGACCCUCAUGGACCAGCCUGACAGUGACCUCAUAAUCACCCGCUAGACCUCCUACCCUUUUAAAGUCAGAAUCCCAUCUGUGGUCUAAUACUGCCAAAAUAUGUUCACAUUCAUGUUCAUCACAUGAGGAAAACGUCCUACCAUCUGAGUCACCCAGGCCAGCAAGCAGAGGCAGAGGGUUCGACAAAGUGAGAGUGUGCCACCUUCCCGCCCAAGUCACGACCAAGGCUCCAUGAUGACAGAGAAGCCAGAGGACCUGAAGGACUCGCUGCCUACAGAGAGGAAGCACGUGUGGAGGUCGGCUGAGGAGAGGCGGAUGUCGGACCUCAUGCGGGUGUUGGAGUGGCUGGAGCGGAGGCAGAGGAAGAAGGCGCAAUCUCUCCAGAAGAACAAAUCUAAGGGGGUGACAUUCUCUGAAGCACCUAGGAAGGAAGAAAAGAAAGCCCAAAACGUCCAGAAACUGCAGGGACAGAAUCACCAGGCGCCACUCUCUGAGCAGGUCCCCUUUCAGGUCUCGGGGCAAAACGCCAAGGAUGAGGAGACCUCUGCCCUGUACAGAAGGCUCUACAGAGUGGAAGCAAAGGGAAAACGCCUCAGCAUGGCCCUGGGCAACUACCCCAAGGACAUGCCUAGGAAAUCUGACGUAGACAUCAAGGAUGUAAUCACUCAAGAGUCCACUCAGCGCUCAAUGCCCUACCAUCGACAAAGCAUCACUGAACCCACGUUACAGGAUGCCAUCUUCCCCCAAAGAAGGGCCACCCUCUUCAGAGACUGGGUGGGCAAGAUGUCUGACAUCUCUUACGAGCGUAAGCUGAAGAGCCUCAUGGAGAAGGGUGUGGAGCCCAAGGUGGAGAUGGUGAGGAUGCUGAAGCCAGAGGAGGUGCUGAGCUGCCGAUACCUGAGAUUAUCCAAGAACAACAUUCGGACCUUGCUCAAGCUGUGCAAGGAUGCAGGAAUGAACGUGGACAUCCAUCCCCACAUGGUCGAAGGAGAAAUAGACGCUAAAAAGGUGUUCAACCAAAACACCAGCGUAGCCCUCUAAAUAGCUCCUCUCCCUGGCCACCUUGAGCUGCCUCUGCCGCUGGACCCUCGGCCACCACAUGCCACCCUCUGGCACACCACACCUGGCCCUUCAGACCUGGUGCAUCCCC